AUGGGCAGGAAGCAUUUCAUCCAGGCAGAGUUGCUGUAUGGCUGCAUGGAGCAAGGCAGUGUGCUCCCAUCUCGUGUCAUGGACUGUGGAAAAACCGGCAAGUCGGUGCUCUGCUUUGGCUUCCCCUUGAGCAUUUUCUUCAUCGUCAUCAAUGAGUUCUGUGAGCGGUUCUCCUACUAUGGCAUGAAAGCUGUGCUCACUUUGUAUUUCACACGUUUCCUACACUGGGAAGACAACUUUGCCACUGCCAUCUACCACACAUUUGUUGCUCUGUGUUACUUGACGCCGAUCCUUGGAGCAAUCAUUGCAGACUCUUGGCUGGGAAAGUUUAAGACCAUUCUCUACCUGUCCAUUGUCUAUGCUAUUGGGCAGGCAGUGCUGUCUGUGGGCUCCAUAAGUGAACUGACGGGUGGCUCUGCCAAUAAUCUAGCACCAAACAUAGCUCUGUCAAUGAUUGGCUUGAUCCUUAUUGCCCUUGGUACUGGUGGGAUCAAACCUUGUGUGUCAGCAUUUGGUGGAGAUCAGUUUGAAGAAGAUCAGGAAAGGCAAAGAGGCACCUUCUUCUCUCUCUUUUAUUUGUCCAUUAACGCUGGAAGUCUCUUAUCUACUCUAAUCACUCCAACUCUCAGAGCUACAGAGUGUGGCAUCCAUACCAAACAGGAGUGUUACCCACUUGCUUUUGGAGUUCCUGCUAUCCUCAUGGCUGUUGCCUUGGUUGUGUUCGUAAUUGGAAGCAAAAUGUACAAGAAAAUUAAACCACAAGGAAAUAUAAUGCUUGAAGUUUCCAAAUGUGUCGGAUUUGCCAUCAAAAACAGGUUUCGGCACCGCAGCAAGGAGUUCCCCAAGAGAGAGCACUGGCUGGACUGGGCGAGUGAUAAGUAUGAUAAACGACUGAUUGCUCAGACAAAGAUGGUGUUGAGGGUGCUUUUCCUCUACAUCCCUCUCCCCAUGUUCUGGGCGGUUUUUGACCAGCAGGGGUCAAGAUGGACACUGCAAGCCACAGCAAUGAAUGGAGAUUUUGGUUUUCAAAUUCAACCAGACCAAAUGCAGAUUGUGAAUCCAAUCCUGAUUGUUAUAAUGGUCCCAGUUGUAGAUUCUGUGCUUUAUCCUUUAAUCAAGAAAUGCAAGCUGAAUUUUACGCCCCUGAAGAAGAUGACUGUGGGGAUGUUCCUUGGCUCUUUGGCUUUCGUUGCUGCUGCCCUUGUGCAAGUGCAAAUAGAUAAAACUUACCCAGUUUUCCCUGCAGCUGGGCAAGCUCAAAUCAAAUUAAUCAAUGUGGGUCAAAUUCCUGCAACAGUUCAGUUCCAGCCUCAACUUGACAGUGUGAAUAUAGCACCUGGAAAGGAGACUGGCUACAUGACAUAUGAGGCUUCUGAGCUGCAAUCUGCACACAUAAGUGCUGCAAUUCUAAAUAAAACGGUGCCUUUGGAUCUGCAAGGAAAGAAACGCUACACUUUGGCAUUUAAAUGGGAUUCACCAAACAUCAAUUCUAAUUUGAUGUUGGACAACAUCACGUCAAAACCAGAAAAUGGAAAAAGUCUCGUCAGGUUCAUAAACAGUUUGUCUUUUGCUGUCAAUGUUACUAUGGGGGACACGGAUUUUGGAGAACUGGAUCCUCUUUCUGUCACUAAUUACAGUUUCGUUCCAAAACCAGAUGGGUCAUAUACCAUUAGUGUUUCAACGCCUGAGGUUGCUUGUACAGAAGUUUCAAAGAAAUUUGGAUAUGGCAGUGCUUAUACCAUUUCACUUGAUUAUUGUGAGUCAAAUAAACUUACCAUAACAUACUUUGAAGAUAUUGCACCAAAUACAGUCCAUAUGGCUUGGCAGAUCCCUCAGUAUUUUCUUCUGACAUGUGCAGAAGUGCUGUUCUCUGUCACUGGGCUGGAGUUUUCCUACUCCCAGGCCCCAUCUAACAUGAAGUCAGUGCUGCAGGCAGGGUGGUUGCUGACUGUGGCUGUUGGUAACAUAAUUGUCCUUAUCGUGGCUGGGGCAUCCACAAUUGACAAGCAGUGGGCAGAGUAUGUGCUGUUUGCUGCUCUGCUGUUAGUAGUUUGCAUCAUUUUUGCUAUCAUGGCUUCUUUUUAUACCUAUAUUGAUCCCAAUGAGAUUGAAGCCCAGUUCAGUGAGGAAGAAAAGAAAGAACACAAGAAGGAUCAAGAUGACAAUGAAAAGGAAGCUGAAGUUGAUUCUCGAAUGUAAAAGCUGUAUUCAAGGAGUGUUUGUAAAUCAUGGAAAUCCCAUUCACUCUCCUGCAGUCAGAGGAAUCAGGGUAUCAGUAGUAACACCUCAGGAUUACGUCUUGUGGGAGACAUUAAGCAAAACUGUUUUAACUUAAAGUGCAGCCUCUCUAGGGAAGCAAUAGGAAAAUACUAGUCUCUCUCUUGUGCUGAAUGUGGUAUCCUGAAGAAACUCCAGCAGAAUUUGCACUCUUAAUGUACCUCAAUCUUACAUAUUAUAGCAUUAGAAUAUUGAAAUUAGACUUGAACUAUUGAACUCUUUGAAAAGAUAUAUUUUUGUACUGUAUUUCAAUUUUAUAUCAUGAAAGAAACAAGACUUAUCAAGAAACAGCAAUUGAAGCCAAGCUCUCUGCAUGCUCUCUCUGGCAUCACUGUUACUUGAAAACAGCAGGUCACAUGUGCCUUAAAUUCUUUUGUACUUCCUUAGAGAUAAUGGGAGCAAAGCUCUGGCAGUGAUCAGAUUAAAAUGUUGUCUGUGUUCCAAGUGGCCAUAACUUGGAUGUGCACUGUAAUAUAAUGCUUUAUCUGCCUGUUAACUACCCAUUUAACUCCUGUUAUGUCUUUAAUCAAUAUUAGAAGUCUCCACUCAGGAAAACUGAUAACAGCAAAUGACCUUUGGAACAAGCAAGAGCAA